AUGUCCCCGGCGAUGGUGGCGGCCGCGGCACAAAAGAUCGGCUGGCCGUUGGCGCACGCGGCGGGUGGUGUCGACGCUCCCUGCCCCCGUCAGGUGGCGAUCCUGACAUGCUUCUGGACGGACCAGGGCGCAGGGCCAUUGCCGCAAGUGCGCCUGGCCAAGCUGCGCGACGCUGGAGUCACGGAGAAGGCCUGCCAACUCUGCGGGGUCACGCCCGGCACCCUCUUGCAUCGCCGCGUAUGCGAGGCCUCGUUGCCCCUGGACGGGUGGCCGGAGCCGCUGGAGGUAUGUGGACGCUUACUCUCGACGAUGUCGGACGCCCGCCUCGCGCUGCUCAGGACCCGCGGGCUUCUUACACUGCGGCUGCCGCGCCCGCUGCCGCAAGAGGAGGUGGCAGUUCGCUGGUUCACGGACCCGCCAGAC